AUGCCCUCUGCAUCUUUAUUAGUAAAUCUUCUUUCAGCUUUAUUCAUCCCUUUUGUGUUUGGAGAAACAGAAAUAAGGUUUGCCGGACAAACAGAAUUUGUAGUUAAUGAAACAAGUACAACAGUUAUUCGUCUUGUCAUUGAAAGGAUAGGAGACCCAGCAAAUGUCACUGCAAUUGUAUCGCUGUAUGGAGAUGACACCAGUGACUUUUUUGACACAUAUGCUGCAGCUUUUAUACCCAUUGGAGAAACAAAUAGGACAGUGUACAUAGCAGUAUGUGAUGAUGAUUUACCAGAGCCGGAUGAAACUUUUAUUUUUCACCUAACUUUACAGAAACCUUCAGCAGAUGUGAAGCUUGGAUGGCCAAGGACUGUUACUGUGACAAUAUUGUCAAAUGACAAUGCAUUUGGAAUUAUUUCAUUUAAUAUGCCUUUCUCAAUCACAGUGAGUGAGCCCCCGGGCAGAAAUGAAACUGUGCCUCUUACUCUCAUCAGAGAAAAAGGAACCUAUGGGAUGGUCAGUGUGACUUUUGAGGUAGAGGGUGGCCCAAACCCACCUGAAGAAGAUUUAAGUCCAGUUAAAGGGAACAUCACUGUUCCUCCUGGCAGAGGAACAGUAGUUUAUAACUUGACAGUUCUCGAUGAUGAGGUACCAGAAAAUGAUGAAAUAUUUUUGAUUCAGCUGAAAAGUGUAGAAGGAGGAGCUGAGAUCAACACCUCCAGGAGCUCAGUUGAGAUCAUCAUUAAGAAAAAUGACAGUCCUGUGAGAUUCAUUCAGAGUGUUUAUUUGGUACCUGAGGAAGACCACAUACUCACAAUUCCAGUGGUUCGUGGAAAAGAUGACAAGGGAAAUAUGAUUGGAUCUGAUGAAUAUGAAAUUUCGAUCAGUUAUGUUGUUAUAACUGGGAAUUCAACAGCACAUGCCCAGCAAAAUUUAGACUUCAUUGAUCUUCAGCCAAACACAACUAUUGUUUUUCCACCUUUUAUUUAUGAAUCACACCUGAAAUUUCAAAUAGUUGAUGAUGCCAUACCAGAGAUUGCUGAAUCAUUUCAUGUUAUGUUACUAAAAGAUACCUUACAGGGAGAUGCUGUGCUAUUAGUCCCUUCUGUUGUACAAGUCACCAUUAAGCCAAACGACAAACCUUAUGGUGUCCUCUCAUUCAGCAGUAUCUUGUUUGAAAAGAUAGUUAUAAUUGAUGAAGAUACAACAUCAAGAUUUGAAGAAAUUACAGUGGUUAGAAAUGGUGGCACUCAUGGGAAUAUUUCUGUGAACUGGGUAUUGACACGGAAUAGCAGUGAUCCCUCACCGGUAACAGCAGAUAUCAGACCAAGUUCUGGAGUUCUCCAUUUUGCACAAGGGCAGAUGCUGGCAUCAGUUCCUCUUACUGUGGUUGAUGAUGAUCUUCCAGAAGAGGCAGAAGCUUACCUACUUAAGAUUCUCCCUCAUACAAUACGAGGAGGUGCAGAAGUGAGCGAACCAGCAGAGCUUUUGUUCUACAUUCAGGAUAGUGAUGAUGUUUAUGGCCUAAUAACAUUUUUUCCUAUGGAAAACCAGAAGAUUGAAAGUAGCCCAGGUGAACGAUAUUUAUCCUUGAGUUUUAAAAGACAAGGAGGAACUAAAGGAGAUGUGAAUAUGUUUUAUUCUGCACUUUAUAUUCCUGCUGGAGAUGUGGACCCUUUGCGAGCAAAAGAUGGCAUCUUAAAUAUAUCCAGGAGAAGCAGCCUCAUUUUUCCAGAACAAAAAACCCAAGUCACUAUAAAAUUACCACUAAGAAAUGAUGCAUUCCUUCAAAAUGGGGCCCACUUCCUAGUACAGUUGGAAAAUCUGGAGUUGGUGAAUAUAGUUCCCCCAAUCCCACCCAUAAGUCCUAGAUUUGGAAAAAUCCGAAAUAUUUCUUUAGUGGUUACUCCAGACAUUGCAAAUGGAGAAAUUGGCUUUAUUAGCAAUCUUCCAAUCAUUUUGCAUGAACCAGAAGAUUUUGCUGCUGAAGUGGUAUGCAUUCCCUUACAUCGGGAUGGAACUGAUGGCGAGGCUACUGUCUAUUGGAGCUUGAAGCCCUCUGGCUUUAAUUCAAAAGCAGUGACCCUGGAUGAUAUAGGACCCUUUAAUGGCUCUGUUGUGUUUUUAUCUGGGCAAAGUGACACAACAAUCAACAUUACUGUCAAAGCUGAUGACAUACCAGAAAUGAAUGAGACGGUAACACUUUCUCUAGACAGGGUCAACGUAGAAAACCAAGUGCUGAAAUCUGGAUAUACAAGCCGUGACCUAAUUAUUUUGGAAAAUGAUGAUCCUGGGGGAAUUUUUGAAUUUUCUCCUGCUUCCAGAGGACCCUAUAUUAUACAAGAAGGAGAAUCUGUAGAGCUCCACAUCAUCCGUUCCAGGGGAGCUCUUGUUAAGCAGUUUCUACACUACCGAAUAGAGCCAAGAGAUAGCAAUGAAUUCUAUGGGAACACAGGGGUACUGGAAUUUAAACCUGGGGAAAGGGAGAUCGUAAUCACCUUGCUAACAAGAUUGGAUGGAAUACCAGAGUUGGAUGAACAUUAUUGGGUGGUCCUCAGCAGCCAUGGUGAACGGAAAAGCAAGUUGGGAAGUGCUACAGUUGUCAACAUAACGAUUCUAAAAAAUGAUGAUCCUCAUGGGAUUAUAGAAUUUGUUUCUGAUGAUCUAAUUGUUACAAUAAAUGAAAGUAAAGGAGACGAUACCUAUAGUGCUGUUUAUGGUGUAAUAAGAAAUCGAGGCAACUUUGGUGAUGUUAAUGUAUCAUGGGUGGUUAGUCCAGACUUUACGCAAGAUGUAUUUCCUGUCCAAGGGACUAUUUUCUUUGGAGAUCAGGAAUUUUCAAAAAAUAUCACCAUUUACUCCCUUCCAGAUGAGAUUCCAGAGGAAAUGGAGGAAUUUACCAUUAUCCUACUUAAUGCCACUGGAGGAGCUAAAAUAGGAAAUAAAACUACUGCAACUCUGAGGAUUAGAAGAAAUGAUGACCCCAUUUAUUUUGCAGAACCUCGUGUAGUGAGGGUUCGGGAAGGUGAGACUGCUGACUUUAUAGUUCUCAGAAAUGGAUCUGUUGAUGUUGCCUGUACCGUCCAAUAUGCUACCAUGGAUGGAAAGGCUACCGCCAGAGAGGGGGACUUUGUUCCCAUUGAAAAAGGAGAAAUGCUUGUUUUUGCAGUUGGAAGUAGAGAGCAAAACAUAUCUGUAUUCGUUAAUGAAGAUGAUAUCCCAGAAACAGAUGAGUCCUUUUAUAUAAUCCUCUUUAAUUCAACAGGUGAUACAGUAGUAUAUCAAUUUGGAAUAGCUACAGUGAUAAUUGAAGCUAAUGAUGACCCAAAUGGUAUUUUUUCCUUGGAGCCCAUAGACAAAGCAGUAGAAGAAGGAAAGACUAAUUCAUUUUGGAUUUGGAGGCACCGAGGACACUUUGGCAAUGUUUCUGUGGCUUGGCAGCUAUUUCAGAAUGAUUCUGUUUUGCAACCUGGACAAGAGUUCUAUGAAACUUCAGGCACUGUUAACUUUAUGGAUGGAGAAGGAGCCAAACCAAUAAUUCUCCAUGCUUUUCCAGACAAAAUUCCUGAAUUCAAUGAGUUUUAUAUUUUAAAGCUUGUAAAUAUUUCAGGUGGGUCCCCAGGUCCUGGGGGCCAACUAGCAGGAACCAACCUCCAGGUGACAGUAAUGAUUCCAUUCAAUGAUGAUCCCUUUGGAGUUUUUAUCUUGGAUCCAGAGUGCCUAGAGAGACAAGUGGCAGAAGAUGUCCUCUCAGAAGAUGAUAUGUCUUAUAUCACCAACUUUACCAUUCUGAGGCAGCAGGGUGUCUUCUGUGAUGUACGAGUAGGCUGGGAAAUUCUGUCUAGUGAGUUCACUGCUGGUUUGCCUCCAAUGAUAGAUUUUUUGCUGGCUGGAAUUUUUCCCAGCACUGUGCAUUCACAGCCGCACAUGAGGCGUCACCAUAGUGGAACAGAUGCUUUGUACUUCAGUGGACUAGAGGGUGCAUUUGGAACUGUUAAUCCAAAAUACCAUCCCUCAAGGAACAACUCAAUUGCCAACUUUACAUUUUCAGCUUGGGUAAUGCCCAAUGCCAAUACGAAUGGAUUUGUUAUAGCAAAGGAUGAUGGUAACGGAAACAUCUACUAUGGGGUAAAAAUUCAGACAGAUGAAUCCCAUGUGACACUUUCCCUUCAUUACAAAACUCUGGGUUCCAGUGCUACAUAUAUUGCCAAGACAAGAGUCAUGAAAUACUUAGAAGAAAAUGUUUGGCUGCAUCUUCUAAUUAUCCUCAAUGAUGGUAUAAUUGAAUUCUACCUUGAUGGAAAUGCAAUGCCCAGAGGAAUCAAGAGUCUAAAAGGAGAAGCCAUUUCUGAUGGUCCAGGAACACUGAGAAUUGGGGCAGGAGUGAAUGGCAAUGACAGAUUUACAGGUCUGAUGCAGGAUGUGAGGUCCUAUGAGCGGAAAUUGACCCUUGAAGAAAUUUACGAACUUCAUGCCAUGCCAGCAAAGAGUGAUUUACACCCUGUUUCUGGAUAUGUGGAAUUCAGACAGGGAGAAACUAACAAAUCAUUCAUUGUUUCUGCAAGAGAUGACAAUGAAGAGGAAGGAGAAGAAUUAUUCAUUCUUAAACUAGUCUCCGUAUGUGGAGGAGCUCGCAUUUCUGAAGAGAAUUCUACAGCAAGAUUGGUAAUACAAAAAAGUGACAAUGCCAAUGGCUUGUUUGGUUUCACAGGAGCCUGUAUACCAGAGAUUGCAGAGGAGGGAUCCACCAUUUCAUGUGUGGUGGAGCGAACCAGAGGAGCUCUGGACUAUGUGCAUGUUUUUUACACCAUCUCACAGAUCGAAUCUGAUGGUGUUAAUUACCUUGUUGAUGAUUUUGCUAAUGCCAGUGGAACUAUCACAUUCCUUCCUUGGCAGAGAUCAGAGGUCCUGAAUAUUUAUGUCCUUGAUGAUGAUAUUCCGGAGCUUGAUGAGUAUUUCCGUGUGACAUUGGUUUCUGCGGUUCCUGGAGAUGGGAAACUAGGUUCAACUCCCACCAGUGGUGCAAGCAUAGACCCUGAAAAGGAAACAACAGAUAUCACCAUCAAAGCUAGUGAUCAUCCAUAUGGCUUGCUACAGUUCUCCACUGGGCUGCCUCCCCAGCCUGAGGACACAAUGACCCUGCCCGCAAGUAGUGUUCCACACAUCACCGUGCAGGAGGAAGAUGGAGAAGUUAGGUUGCUGGUCGUCCGUGCUCAAGGGCUUCUGGGGAGGGUUAUGGCGGAAUAUAGAACAGUAUCACUGACAGCAUUCAGUCCUGAGGACUACCAGAGUGUUGCUGGUACCUUAGAAUUUCAACCAGGAGAAAGAUUUAAGUACAUUUCUGUUAACAUCACUGAUAAUUCUAUUCCUGAAUUGGAAAAAUCCUUUAAAGUUGAGUUGUUAAACUUGGAGGGAGGAGUGACUGAACUUUUUAGGGUUGAUGGCAGUGGUAGUGGUGAUGGGGACAUGGAAUUCUUCCUUCCAGCUAUUCACAAACGUGCCAGUCUAGGAGCGGCUUCCGAAAUUCUAGUGACAAUUGCAGCCUCAGACCAUGCUCAUGGUGUAUUUGAAUUUAGCCCUGAGUCACUCUUUGUCAGUGGAACUGAACCAGAAGAUGGGUACAGCACUGUUAUAUUAAAAAUUAUGAGAAGUCAUGGGACUCUGUCUCGAGUGACUUUGCUUUGGAGCAUAGACUCUGAUCCUGAUGGCGAUCUGGCCUUCACCUCUGGCAACGUCACAUUUGAGAUUGGACAGAAGAGCGCCAACAUCACAGUGGAAAUAUUGCCUGAUGAAGAUCCAGAAUUGGAUAAGGCAUUCUCCGUGUCUAUCCUCAGUGUCUCCAGUGGCUCUUUGGGAGUUCAUACUAAUGCCACAUUAAUAGUUUUGGCUAGUGAUGAUCCUUAUGGGGUCUUCAUCUUUUCUGAGAAAAAUAGACCUAUUGAAGUGGAGGAAGCCACCCAGAACAUCACUUUGUCAAUAAUAAGGUUAAAAGGCCUCCUGGGAAGAGUCAAAGUCACAUACGCAACACUGGAUGAUAUGGAAAAACUGCCUUAUUUUUCACCUAAUUUAGCCAGAGCAACUCAAGGAAAAGACUAUAUUCCAGCUUCUGGAUUCGCUCUUUUCAGAGCCAAUCAGAGUGAGGCAACAAUAACUAUUUCAAUUUUGGAUGAUGAUGAACCAGAAAGGUCAGAGUCUUUGUUUAUUGAACUGCUCAACUCUACUUUAAUAGAGAAAGUACAGAAUCGCCCAAUUCCAAACUCUCCACGCCUUGGGCCUAAGGUAGAAACUAUUGCUCAUCUAAUUAUCAUUGCCAAUGAUGAUGCGUUUGGAAUUCUUCAGCUCUCAACACCAAUCAUUCGAGUUGCAGAAGAUCAUGUUGGACCCAUUAUCAAUGUGACUAGAACAGGAGGAGCAUUUGCAGAUGUUUCUGUGAAGUUUAAAGCUGUGCCAAUAACUGCAAUAGCCGGUGAAGAUUAUAGUAUAGCUUCAUCGGAUGUGGUCUUGCUAGAAGGGGAAACAAGUAAAGCCGUGCCAAUAUAUAUCAUUAAUGACAUCUACCCUGAGCUGGAAGAAUCUUUUCUUGUGCAACUGCUGAAUGAAACAACAGGAGGAGCCAAACUAGGGGCAUUAACAGAGGCGAUCAUUAUUAUUGAGGCCUCUGAUGACCCCUAUGGAUUAUUUGGUUUUCAGAUUACUAAACUUAUUGUAGAGGAACCUGAGUUUAACUCAGUGAAGGUAAACCUGCCAAUAAUUCGAAAUUCUGGGACACUCGGCAAUGUUACUGUUCAGUGGGUUGCCACCAUUAAUGGACAGCUUGCUACUGGCGACCUGCGAGUUGUCUCAGGUAAUGUGACCUUUGCCCCUGGGGAAACCAUUCAAACCUUGUUGUUAGAGGUCCUGGCUGACGACGUUCCGGAGAUUGAAGAGGUUAUCCAAGUGCAACUAACUGAUGCCUCUGGUGGUGGUACUCUUGGGUUAGAUCGAGUGGCAAAUAUUAUUAUUCCUGCCAAUGAUAAUCCUUAUGGUACAGUAGCCUUUGUUCAGUCGGUUUAUCGUGUUCAAGAGCCUCUGGAGAGAAGUUCCUGUGCUAACAUAACUGUCAGGAGAAGCGGAGGGCACUUUGGUCGGCUGUUGUUGUUCUACAGUACUUCCGAUAUUGAUGUAGUGGCUCUUGCAGUUGAGGAGAAUCAAGACUUACUGUCCUACUAUGAAUCGCCAAUUCAAGGGGUGCCUGACCCACUUUGGAGAACUUGGGUGAAUGUCUCUGCAAUGGGGGAACCCCAGUAUACCUGUGCCACUUUGUGCCUCAAAGAACACGCGUGCUCAGCGUUUUCCUUUCUCGGUGCUUCUGAAGGCCCCCAGUGUUUUUGGAUGACAUCGUGGAUCAGCCCAACCGUUAACAACUCAGACUUCUGGACCUACAAGAAAAACAUGACCAGGGUAGCAUCUCUUUUUAGCGGUCAGGCUGUGGCUGGUAGUGACUACGAGCCUGUGACAAGGCAAUGGGCCAUAAUGCUGGAAGGUGAUGAAUUUGCAAAUCUCACAGUUUCUAUUCUUCCCGAUGAUCUCCCAGAGAUGGAUGAGAGUUUCCUAAUUUCUCUCCUUGAAGUUCAUCUUAUGAACAUCACAGCCAGUUUUAAAAACCAACCAACCAUAGGACAGCCAAAUACUUCUACAGUUGUCAUAGCAUUAAAUGGUGAUGCCUUUGGAGUGUUUGUGAUCUACGGUAUUAGUCCCAAUACCUCAGAAGAUGGCUUAUAUGUUGAAGUUCAGGAGCGGCCCCAAACCACAGUGGAGAUGAUGAUCCACAGGACAGGGGGCAGCUUAGGUCAGGUGACAGUCCAAUGGCGUGUUGUUGGUGGAACAGCUACUGAAGGUUUAGAUUUUAUAGGUGCUGGAGACAUUCUGACUUUUGCUGAAGGUGAAACCAAAAAGAUAGCCAUUUUAACCAUUUUGGAUGAUUCUGAGCCAGAGGAUGAUGAAAGCAUCAUAGUUAGCUUGGUGUACACCGAAGGCGGAAGUAGAAUUUUGCCCAGUUCCGACACCGUCAGAGUGAACAUUUUGGCCAAUGACAAUGUGGCAGGAGUUGUUGGCUUUCAGACCGCUUCCAGAUCUGUCAUAGGUCAUGAAGGAGAAAUUUUACAAUUCCAUGUGAUGAGAACACCCCCUGGUCGAGGAAAUGUUACUGUUAACUGGAAAAUUAUUGGGCAAAACCUAGAACUCAAUUUUGCUAAUUUUACUGGACAACUCUUCUUUCCUGAGGGGUCACUGAAUAAAACAAUAUCUGUGCAUCUGUUGGAUGACAAUAUUCCUGAGGAGAAAGAAGUGUACCAGGUCAUUCUGUAUGAUGUCAGGACACAAGGAGUUCCACCAGCAGGAACUGCUCUGCUUGACACUCAAGGAUAUGCAGCUGUUCUGACCAUAGAAGCCAGUGAUGAACCACAUGGAGUGUUAAAUUUUGCUCUUUCGUCAAGAUUUGUUUUGCUACAGGAGGCUAACAUGACAAUUCAGCUUUUCAUCAACAGAGAAUUUGGAUCUCUAGGAGCCAUUAAUGUCACAUAUACCACAGUUCCUGGAAUGUUGAGUCUAAAGAACCAAACAGAAGGAAACCUAGCUGAGCCAAAUGUUGACUUUGUCCCAGUAAUUGGCUUUCUCAUUUUAGAAGAAGGGGCAACAGCAGCAGCCAUCAACAUUACUAUACUUGAGGACGAUGUACCAGAACUAGAAGAAUAUUUCCUUGUGAAUUUAACUUAUGUGGAACUUAUCAUGGCUCCUUUAACUUCAUUUCCUCCUAGACUAGAUUCAGAGGGCUUGACUGCACAAAUUAUUAUUGAUGCCAAUGACGGUGCUCGAGGCAUGAUUGAGUGGCAACAGAGCAGAUUUGAAGUAAAUGAAACCCAAAGAAGUUUAACAUUGGUAGUCCAGAGGAGCAAAGGGACUCUUGGCCACGUUUCCUUGUUUGUAUAUGCCCAGAAUUUGGAAGCACAGCUGGGGCUGGAUUACGUCUUUACCCCAAUGAUUCUUCAUUUUGCUAAUGGAGAAAGGUAUAAACAUGUUGACAUCAUGAUUCUUGAUGAUGACAUUCCGGAAGGAGAUGAAGCAUUUCAGCUGAUUUUAACAAAUCCUUCUCCUGGACUGGAGCUGGGGGAAAAUAUAAGAGCCUUAAUUACUGUCCUUGCUAAUGAUGAUGGCCCUGGAGUUCUAGCAUUUAACAACAGUGAGCACGUUUUCCUACGAGAACCGACAGCUCUGUACAUCCAGGAGAGUGUGGCAGUGUUGUACAUUGUUCGGGAACCUGCACAGGGACUGUUUGGAACUGUGACAGUUCAGUUCAUUGUGACAGAAGUGAAUUCUUCAAUGGAGUCGAAAGAUCUGACUCCUUCCCAAGGUUAUAUUGUUUUAGAAGAAGGUGUUCGUUUCAAGGCCCUACACAUAUCAGCCAUAUUGGACACGGAACCAGAGAUGGAUGAGCAUUUUGUCUGUACCUUGUUUAAUCCGACUGGAGGUGCUAGACUAGGGGCCCGUGUUCAAACCCUGAUAACAGUUUUGCAAAACCAGGCCCCUUUGGGGCUAUUCAGUAUCUCUGCAGUUGCAAAUAGAGCCACCUCUAUAGACACUGAAGAAGCCAACAGGACUGUAUAUUUAAAUGUGUCACGUACUAAUGGCAUUGAUUUAGCUGUGAGUGUGGAGUGGGAGACAGUUUCUGAAACAGCCUUUGGCAUGAGGGGAAUGGAUGUUAAAUUUUCUAUAUUUCAAAGUUUUUUGGAUGCAUCGGCUUCUGGCUGGUGUUUCUUUACUUUGGAAGAUUCAGUAUAUGGUAUAAUGUUAAGAAAAUUGUCUUCUACUGUUUACCGAUGGCAAGGGAUUUUUGUUCCACUUGAGGAUUUACAUAUAGAAAAUCCUACAACUUGUGAGGGCUUUAAUAUGGGUCUUUCCCCCUACUUUGUGAUUACUCAUGAAGAAAGAAAUGAAGAAAAGCCUUCUGUUAACAGUGUGUAUACAUUCACAUCUGGAUUCAAAUUAUUCCUGGUACAAACAAUCACUAUUUCAGAAAGUUCUCAAGUAAGAUAUUUUACUUCAGACAGUCAAGAUUAUGUAAUUGUUGCAAGUCAAAGUGAUGAUUCUGAAUUAACUCAGGUCUUCAGAUGGAACGGAGGAAGCUUUGUGUUGCAUCAGACACUCCCGGUCCGAGGUGUGCUGAGCAUGGCCUCAUUCACCAGAGGAGGUGCUAUGUUCUUAGCCAUUUCCCAAGCUAAUGCCAGGUCAAACUCCCUUUUACUCAGGUGGUCUGGAAAUGAGUUUAUUAACUUUCAAGAAGUUCCCAUCAGUGGAACAACACAAGUUGAAGCCUUGACUUCAGGCGAUGAUAUUUACUUAAUUUUUGCCAAAACUGUCUUUCCAGGAGAUCAGAAUUCAGUUGAAAUUUUCAUCUGGGAGGGAGGACAGUCUUCUUUCAGAUAUUUUCAAUCCCUGGAUUUUGCUACUGUUAAUAAGAUCCACUCCUUCACACCAGCCUCAGGAAUAGUCCACAUACUUCUUGUUGGCCAAGCUGUGUCUGCUCUUUACUGCUGGAAUUCAGAGCUGAAUCAGUUCUCUUUUAUUCUGGAAGCACCAUCUGCUCAUGAUGCAGCCUCUGUUACAGUAAAGUCCCUUAAUUCAAGCAAGCAUUUAAUUGCUCUUGCGGGAGCCAUCCACUCACACACAUAUGAACUGGCCUAUGUCUCGAGCCAGUCUGACUUCAUUCCUAGUUCAGGUGAAUUGAUAUUUGAUCCUGGAGAUAAAGAAGCUAUAAUAGCGGUAAAUAUCCUUGAUGAUACAGUUCCAGAGGAAGAUGAAUACUUCAGAGUUCAGCUUAAAAAUCCCAAAGGAGGAGCAGAGAUUGGUAUUAAUGGUUAUGUAAAAAUAACUAUUCUGUCUAAUGAUGAUGCCUAUGGAGUUGUUGGAUUUGCUCAGAAUUCAUUAUAUAAACAGGUGGAGGAAAUGGAGCAAGAUAGCCUAGUAACCUUGAACGUUGAACGCUUAAAAGGAACAUACGGUCGUAUAACUGUAGCGUGGGAAGCUGACAGAAGUAUUAGUGAUAUAUUUCCUACCUCAGGAGUGAUUUCAUUUUCUGAAGGCCAGGCACUGUCUACAAUUACUCUGACUGUUCUUGCUGAUGACCUACCAGAGUUGUCAGAGACUGUGACUGUAACACUCAUCCGUAUUAUCACAGAAGGGGUUGAGGACCCAUCAAAAGGUGCUACUAUUGAUCAGAAAAGAAACAAGUCUGUGAUAACCACUCUGCCCAAUGACUCGCCCUAUGGCUUGGUGGGCUGGCAUGCUGAGUCUCUCUUCAUCAGAGUAGCAGAGCCUAAAGAGAACAUCACCACUCUUCAGUUACAAAUUGUUCGAAAUAAAGGGCUACUUGGAAACAUAGCCAUUCAGUUGGUAGCUAAACCCAAUUUCUUACUGCACGUCAGUAAUCAAGCCACUGAGAAUGAAGAUUAUGUGCUACAAGAAACAAUGAUAAUAAUGAAAGAAAACAUAAAAGAAACUUAUGUCAAAGUUGCCAUUUUGCCGGAUGAUGCCCCCGAGCUGGAGGAAGGGUUUAUUGUCAACAUCACUGAGGUGUAUCUGGUGAACUCUGACUUCUCUGCAGGACAGCCAAGUGUGCGGAGGCCUGGGAUGGAAAUAGUUGAGAUAAUGAUUGAAGAAAAUGACGAUCCCAGAGGAAUUUUUAACUUUCAUGUUACCAGAGAUGUCGGUGGAGUUAUUACUGCCUAUGAGGUACCUCCACCCCUGAACAUUCUUCAAGUUCCUGUAGUCCGGCUGGCUGGAAGCUUCGGGGCAGUAACUGUUUAUUGGAAAGCAACACUGGACAGUGCUGGCCUGGAAGACUUUAAGCCAUCUCACGGGAUUCUUGAAUUUGCAGAUACACAAGUUAUCGCAGUGAUAGAAAUCACUAUAAUUGAUGAUGCUGAAUUUGAACUCAUGGAGAUAUUCAAUAUUUCCUUAAUCAGGGUGGCUGGAGGUGGCAGACUUGGAGAAGAUGUUGUGGUAACUGUUGUUAUUCCACAGAAUGAUUCUCCAUUUGGAGUGUUUGGAUUUGAAGAAAAGACUGUAAUGGUUGAUGAAUCCCUUUUGUCUGAUGACCCUGAUUCGCAUGUGACAUUGACAGUUGUUCGGUCCCCAGGAGGAAAAGGAGCCAUCCGACUUCAGUGGACCAUAGAUGAGAUGGCUAAAGAUGACCUCAGUCCUUUGAAUGGGACACUUCAUUUUGAUGAGACUGAGUCCCAGAAGACCAUUGUGUUGCACACACUUCAAGACGCCAUGUUGGAGGAGGACAGGAGUUUCACCAUUCAGCUGGUACCAGUUGAUGAGGUAGAAAUAUCUCCAAUAAAAGGUAGCGCAUCAAUAAUCAUUCGAGGAGAUAAGGGAGUGUCAGGAGAAGUUGGGAUAGCUCCAUCAUCUAGGCAUGUCCUCAUUGGGGAACCCUCAGCAAAAUAUAAUGGUACUGCUAUCAUCAGCCUCGUUCGUGGCCCAGUGAUUUCUGGGGAGGUCACAGUGUACUGGAGGAUAUUCCCUCCUUCCAUGGGGGAAUUUGCUGAAACUUCAGGAAAACUAACAAUGCGAGAUGGACAGUCUGCAGCAAUUGUAGUGUUACAGGCUUUGAAUGAUGACAUUCCUGAGGAAAAGUGUUUCUAUGAGUUUCAGCUCACUGGAGUCAGCGACGGGGGGGUAUGGCGUGAAUCCAGCAGCACUGCCAACAUCACAGUGGUGGCUAGUGACUUUCCCUAUGGACGAUUCGCCUUUUCACAAGAACAACUUCGGGUAUCAGAGGAAGUGCAAAAGGUUAACCUCACAGUAAUCCGUUCGGGUGGCUCUUUUGGCCCCGUGAGGCUCUGGUUUGAGGCUGUGAGUGGGACAGCCGAGGCCGGCGUGGAUUUCAUCCCUCCACCAGGGCAGCUCCUCUUUGAAGCGAGGGAGACGGUGAAAAGUGUGCACAUUGAAAUCCUUGAUGACAGCCUUCCUGAAGGCCCUGAGGAAUUUUCCCUAGUGAUUACAAAGGUGGAACUCCUGGGAAGAGGGUAUGAUUUUACCAUCCAAGAAAAUGGACUUCAGCUGGAUCAACCUCCUGAAAUAGGAGACAUCUCCAUUGUCCGAAUCAUCAUAAUGAAAAAUGAUAACGCAGAGGGAAUCAUUGAAUUUGACCCAAGGUAUACUGCCUUUGAAGUGGAGGAGGACGUAGGGAUGAUCAUGAUUCCAGUGAUGAGGCUUCAUGGCACUUACGGCCAUGUGACAGCUGAUGUCAUCUCUCAGAGCUCUUCUGCAGUUCCUGGUGGUGUUGAUUAUGUACUGCAUGGUAGUUCAGUCACCUUUCAGCAUGGGCAGAGCUUAAGUUUUAUAAAUGUUUCCAUCAUUGAUGACAAUGAAAGUGAAUUUGAGGAGCCCAUUGAAAUCCUGCUCGUUGGAGCUACUGGUGGAGCGGUCCUUGGGCGCCACCUAGUGUGCAGAAUCACGAUUGCCAAGAGUGACUCUCCCUUUGGUGUAGUAAGAUUUCUCAAUCAAAGCAAAAUUUCUGUUCCUAAUCCCAAUUCUACAAUGAUUUUACCCUUGAUGCUGGAGCGGACUGGAGGACUCUUGGGAGAGAUUCAGGUAAACUGGGAGAUAGUCGGACCCAAUUCUCAGGAAGCCUUACCAUCACAGAACAGAGAUAUCGCAGACCCGGUGAGCGGGUCCUUCUCCUUUGGAGAUGGGGAAGGUGGAGUGAGAAGCAUCAUUCUGAUAGUCUAUCCUCAUGAUGACAUUGAACUUGAAAAGACUUUCAUUAUUAAACUUAAACUUGUGAAAGGAGAAGCUAAAUUAGACUCCAGAGCUAAAGAUGUUACAUUAACAAUACAAAAGUUUGGUGAUCCAAAUGGAGUGGUUCAAUUUGCUCCCGAGUCUUUAUCUGAGGAGACCUAUUUGGAGCCAUUAGCUCUGGAAGGGCCCCUGAUCAUUACUUUCUUUGUCAAAAGAGUCAAGGGCACUUUGGGAGAGAUUAUGGUUUACUGGGAAUUAAGCAGUGAGUUUGAUAUUACUGGAGACUUUCUGUCUACAAAAGGAUUUUUCACCAUUGCUGAUGGAGAAAGUGAGGCCAGCUUUGAUGUUAACUUGCUACCAGAUGAUGUACCUGAGAUAGAGGAAGUUUAUGUGAUUCAGCUUGUUUCUGUAAAGGGAGGAGCAGAACUUGAUCCAGAAAAAUGCAUCACACAGUUCUCUGUUUCUGCAAAUGAUGACCCACAUGGGGUAUUUGCCCUGUAUUCAGAUCACCAGUCCAUACUUAUUGGACAGAACCUUAGUAGAUUCAUCCAAAUUAAUGUAACCCGGCUUGCUGGAACAUUUGGAGAUGUGACUGUUGGAUAUCGAAUAUCAUCUGAUCCUAAAAAGCAGUCUGUUGUUACUGAAAAUGCAGAGAAGCAGCUGGUGGUCGAAGAUGGCACUAGAUAUAAGGUGGACACAGUGUCAGUCAAGAGUCAGGUCUUCCUACCCCUGGGCUCUAAUUUCACCUUGCAACUGGUGACUGUGAUGCUUGUUGGUGGAAGUUUCUAUGGCAUGCCAAGAAUUCUCCAGGAAGCAAAAUCUGCCGUCCUUCCAGUCCCUGAGAAAGCUGCCAAUUCUCAGGUUGGAUUUGAGUCUACUGCUUUUCCACUCAUGGACAUCACCGCCGGAACAAGCCAAGUUGUGAUUUCUAGGAGAGGCACGUAUGGCUCUCUCAAGGUUUCCUGGGCGGCUGGAUAUGUUCCUGGGUUAAAAAUCCCUGAAUUCGUUGUUGUUGGCAAUAUGACCCCCGAAGUGGGGAGUCUUUCAUUUUCCCAUGGAGAAGAAAGUAAAAGAGUCUUGCUGUGGAGUUUUCCUAGCCCUGGUCGGCCAGAGGCCUUUGUCAUUCACCUCUCAGGAGUGCAGAGCAGUGCCCCUGGUGGGGCUCAGCUUCGAUCAGGUUUCACCGUUGCUGAAAUUGAACCAAUGGGAGUCUUUCAAUUUUCCCCUAGUUCAAGAAAUAUCAUAGUGUCAGAGGAUACACAGGUGGUCAGAUUACAUGUACAAAGACUGUUUGGGUUCCACGGGGAUCUUAUUGAAGUUUCCUAUCAGACAACUGCAGGAAGGGCAAAGCCCCUGGAAGACUUUGAGCCUGUUCAGAGUGGGGGGCUGCUUUUCCAAAAAUUCCAUGCUGAGGUUGAUUUUGAAAUAACUAUUAUUGAUGAUGAGCUUCCUGAGAUAGAAGAAAUUUUUUACAUUAAUCUAACUUCAGUAGAAAUCAAAGGAUUACAAAAAUUUGAUGCUAAUCGGAGACCUCGCCUGAAUCUAGAUUUCAGUGUGGCAGUGAUCACAAUAUUGGAUAAUGAUGACCUGGCAGGAAUGGAUGUUUCUUUCCCCAAGACAACUGUGGCUAUAGCAACGGACACAGCUCUUCCUCUAAAAACUGACUCCUCUACCACACACCCUGACCCAACCAAGAUAACUGCCAUUCCACAGCCAACCGGAGUGGUGUCUCCCAUCCCUGAGUACCUUGUCACCCUUCCUGGUACGUCUGCUGGGCCCGCUGUAACUGCAGAUGUUUCCAUUCAUGGAACAUUUAGUCUUGGGCCAUCUGUUGUUUAUGUCGAAGAAGAAAUGAAGAAUGGCACGUUUAACGCUGCAGAAGUUCUUGUCCGAAGAACUGGUGGGUCUACUGGUGAUGUCAGUGUAACAGUUAAGACUUUUGGUGAAAGAUCUGCUCAGAAGGAACCAAAUGCAUUGCCCUUUCCUGACAUCCAUGGGACUUCCAGCCUAACAUGGGCAACCGAAGAAGAAGAUUUUGAAGAGCAAACUCUUAUCCUUACAUUUGUAGAUGGAGAAAGAGAACGUAAAGUAUUCUUUCAAAUUUUGGAUGAUGAUGAGCCUGAGGGACAAGAAUUCUUCUACGUGUUUCUCACAGACCCACAAGGUGGAGCACAGAUUGUGAAGGGAAAGGAUGACAGUGGGUUUGCAGCUUUUGCCAUGAUCAUUAUUACAGGGAGUGAUCUUCACAAUGGCAUCAUAGGAUUCAGUCAGGAGUCCCAGAGUGUACUGGAGUUGAGUGAAGGAGCUGAGAUGAGCAGACUGCAUCUUGUUGUCACAAGGCAGCCAAACAGAGCCUUUGAAGAUGUCAAGGUCUUUUGGCGAGUCACGUUUAACAAAACAGCUGCUGUGCUCCAGAAAGAUGGUGUGAACCUGAUAGAUGAAUUUCUGUCUGUGUCAGGGACCACAGUCUGUACAGCGGGUCAAACAAAGUGCUUUAUCACCAUUGAGCCCAAACCAGGGAAGAUACCUCAAGUUGGAAUACAUUUUUUUGUGGAACUGUAUGAAGUAACUGCUGGAGCAGCUAUAAACAAUAGUGCCAGAUUUGCACAGAUUAAAUUAUUACAGAGUGAUAAACCUCCAAGUCUUGUGUAUUUCUCUGUGGGUUCUCGGCUCCCGGUGGCUCAUAAGAAGGCCACUCUAAUCAGUCUGCAGGUGGCCAGAGACUCUGGGACAGGAUUAAUGAUGUCUGUUAACUUCAGCACCCAGGAGUUAAGGAGUGCUGAGACAAUUGGUCGUACUCUCAUAUCUCCAGCUAUUUCUGGGAAAGACUUUGUGAGAACUGAAGGCAUGCUGAUCUUUGAACCUGGCCAGAGAAACACCGUAUUGGAUGUCAUCCUAACACCAGAGACAGGGUCUUUAAAUCCAUUUCCUAAACGCUUCCAGAUUGUGCUUUUUGACCCGAAAGGUGGUGCCAGAAUUGAUAAAGUGUAUGGGACUGCUAACAUCACUCUUGUCUCUGACGCGGCUUCUCAGGCCUUUUGGGGGCUUGCGGAUCAGCUGCAGCAGCCCCUGGAUGGUGACAUUCUCAACAGGGUGCUCCACAGCAUCAGUGUGAAAGUGGCAACGGAGAACACAGAUGAACAGCUCAGCGCUGUGAUGUAUUUAAUAGACAAGAUAACUGUUGAAGGAAAGAAGCAAGCAUUAAGCAUUGAAAGCCGAAAUCUUUUCUAUGACAUUCUUUGUGCUCUUGUUAACCCAAAACGCAAGGACACUAGGGGAUUCAGUCACUUUACUGAAGUGACAGAGAAUUUUGCCUUUUCUCUACUGACUGAUGUUACUUGUGGCUCUCUUGGUGAAAAAAGCAAAACCAUCCUUGACAGUUGCCCGUAUUUGUCCAUACUGGCUCUUCACUGGUACCCUCAGCAAAUCAAUGGGCACAAGUUUGAAGGAAAAGAAGGUGAUUAUAUUCGAAUUCCAGAGAGGUUAUUGGAUGUUCCGGAUGCAGAAAUAAUGGCCGGGAAAAGUAUAUGUGAAUUAGUCCAGUUUACAGAGUAUAGCAGCCAGCAGUGGUUUAUGACUGGAACUAAUCUUCAUGCCCUGAAAAAUAAGGUAUUAUCUUUGAGUGUGAAAGGCCAGAGUUCACAACCCCUGACCAACAACAAUGAGAUUCUGUACAGGAUUUAUGCUGCUGAGCCUAGAAUUGUUCCCCAGACACCUCUGUGUCUCCUUUGGAAUCAGGCUGCUGCAAGCUGGUUGUCUGACAGUCAGUUUUGCAAAGUGGUUGAGGACACUUCAGACUACGUGGAAUGUGCCUGUUCAUACAUGUCCGUGUAUGCAGUCUAUGCCCAGACUGACAACUUGUCUUCAUACAAUGAAGCUUUUUUCUCUUCUGGAUUUAUAUGUAUCUCAGGUCUCUGCCUGGCUGUUCUUUCCCAUAUCUUCUGUGCCAGGUAUUCCAUGUUUGCAGCUAAACUUCUGACUCACAUGAUGGCAGCCAGCUUAGGUACACAGAUUGUAUUUCUGGCAUCUGCCUAUGUAAGUCCCCAACUCACGGAGGAGAGCUGUUCAGCCGUGGCUGCUGUCAUACAUUACCUGUAUCUUUGCCAGUUUAGCUGGAUGCUCAUCCAGUCUGUGAAUUUCUGGUACGUGCUGGUGAUGAAUGAUGAACACACAGAAAGGCGGUAUCUGCUGUUUUUUCUUCUGAGUUGGGGACUUCCAGCUUUUGUGGUGGUUCUCCUCAUAGUUAUUUUGAGAGGAAUCUAUCAUCAGAGCAUGCCGCAGAUCUAUGGACUCAUCCACGGUGACCUGUGUUUCAUCCCAAACAUCUAUGCAGCUCUGUUCAGUGCAGCUCUUGUUCCGUUAAUGUGCCUCGUGGUAGUAUUUGUGGUGUUCAUCCACGCCUACCAGGUGAAGCCACAGUGGAAAGCAUAUGAUGAUGUCUUCAGAGGAAGAACAAAUGCUGCAGAAAUUCCACUGGUUUUAUAUCUCUUUGCCCUGAUUUCAAUGACGUGGCUUUGGGGAGGCCUGCACAUGGCUUACAGACACUUGUGGAUGCUGGUCCUCUUUGUCAUUUUCAACAGUCUGCAGGGACUGUACGUUUUUGUGGUUUAUUUCAUUCUGCAUAACCAGACGUGUUGCCCUAUGAAGGCCAGUUACACAGUGGAAAUGAAUGGGCACCCAGGACCCAGCACAGCCUUCUUCACACCCGGGAGUGGAAUGCCUCCUGCUGGAGGGGAGAUCAGCAAGUCUACCCAGAAUCUGAUCAGUGCUAUGGAGGAGGUGCCACCUGACUGGGAGAGAGCAUCCUUCCGACAAGCCAGCCAGGCCAGCCCUGACUUAAAGCCAAGCUCACAGAAUGGCGCCACGUUCCCUUCCUCUGGAGGAUAUGGCCAGGGGUCACUAAUAGCCGAUGAGGAGUCGCAGGAGUUUGAUGACUUGAUAUUUGCAUUAAAAACUGGUGCUGGUCUCAGUAUCAGUGAUAAUGAAUCUGGUCAAGGCAGCCAGGAGGGAGGCACCUUGACUGACUCCCAGAUCGUAGAACUCAGAAGGAUCCCCAUCGCCGACACCCACCUCUAG